UUGAUUUUUAAAUAAAAAGUGGAAUAGCACAUUAUGUCACGUUUAUUUCAUUAUUUGACAAAACACUUUUGGGAUUGACGUAAGUUUUAAUACUCUGCCGACUGGUCUAUUAAGGUUGUUUAUUGUUUUUUUGCAUGUGUUUUAAUCUUGUUGAUUUUGUUAUCUAGGGUAUCGAACAAUUUUUUUGGUGUUGUAACAGUGGUUUAGAGCGCAUUACAUUCUGGAUAUACAGGGUAGAUUCAAAACGAGUGAAAAUGCACUUGCUGUGUUGUUUUUUGUUCAUAUUGGUGCUUGUAGUUCCAUAAUCAUUCUGGUCCUGUUAUUUUUUUAAAUUCAUUAUUUUUUAUGUGGGAACACUCCUGAAGCCAGUCUUGAAAUUUUUCUACAUCAAAUUUUAGUGGUCUCUGUGUACUAAAAUUAUUCAACUAUAUCCCCUGUAGCCAUGAACUUCAAUUGGAUAGAGAAUCCUUGAUGAAAAUGAUCUGAACUUUUUUUUUUCGAGGCUCUGGCCUUUAAUUUGAGACUGAUAUUGGUGAUUUGAAUAACUUUUGAAAUAUGUUUUUAAAGGUCAACAGAAUGUAGUGGCUCGUUAAUAUUCGGACAAAUGUUAUGAUUGGGUAGAAUUGUUUUUUCUAUUUAUUUACUAGAUCCUAAGUUUUUACAAUAAUUUAUUGAUAGAAUUCAUAUUAGGCAACAAAUACACUAUAAUUUUACAUUCCACGGUUUUGUAAACAGCUCAGAUAUUGUUAUUUAUAUUGAUAUAUGAUAUUAUAGCAUAUGCUCUUGUUAUAUAUUUUUAGUUGGUACAGUUGGUUUGUUGUUGUUUUUUUCAUUCAUUAGAUUAUCCAUUCCACGUGUGUACAGUGUUUAACAAGAAGAAAAUAAUCAAUAGAGAAUGUCAACGUCUAUAAUUUUUAACAAUUUCGGUCUGAUGCGAAAUUUUAUAACUUUUUUUUAUUUUUAGUCAGCUGCGUGGUUUUUGUUGACUCGUCAAAUUUACUGCUGCCUUUUUAUUGAAUAAACUGAUAUCAGUUUGAAUUUUAAUACAUAUACAGUGUGGUCAUUUAAGUGUGCAACAUAUGGGAAUCUUUUUAAUGAAUUGCACAACCAGAAUACAGAUAGGUCCGAAAGUUGGUGCAUGUUCGGUAAUCAUUUUAGGUGCACCUAGAAUGGUUGCAAGUCAAACAGCAUAUAGGGUAGGUCAAAAAUUAUAUAAGCUACUCAAAAGUAAAGUACCCUCUUAUUUCAUAAAAUUCAGCAAAAUGUUAUUGAGAAAAGUUGUUUACAAUUGAAAGUUAUGCCUAAAUACCUAAACAUGGCCUCCUAAGACAUUUUGAAGUUCAUCAAUUUUGUUCGUUAAUAAUUUCCCAAUUUGUAAUAUUUUGAAUACAAAAUGUUCACAUUAAAUGGAGGUUAUUGAAUAUGCAUAUUAUCAUUAAUGAUGUUUUACCUUGUUAAAAAUAUGGUUUGCGAAUAUCGUUGCAGCAAACAUAAAGUUUGUGAUUCCCUAAAAAAAUUAAAAUCCAAGUUAAUUGCACAAAUAUGCUUGAAUUUGAACAAAGGUAUGCUCAACUGAUUUUGUUAUGAUUAACUUAUGAAAGUAUUUAGGGUGAAUAUAAAAAAAACCGGGAAAUUAUUCACGAAAAAAAUUGAAAAACUAAAAAAUGUCUUAGGAGGCCAUGUUUUGGUAUUCGGGCAUAACUUUCAAUUGUAAACAACUUUUCUCGAAAACAUUUUUCUGAAUUUUCUGAAAUAAGGGUACUUUACUCUUGAGCAAUGUUUAUAUUUUUUGACCUACCCUGUAUGCUGUGUGACUUGCAAAUGAUCACGCAACAUGCACCAACUUUCGGCACUAUCUGUAUUUUGGUUGUGCAAUUCAUUAAAAAGAUUCCCAUAUGUUGCACACUUGAAUGACCACACUGUAUAAAGUCGUUAACAAAUGUAAAAAGCAAAUAGGAAGUGGUGAAUGGCAUACGUUCAACAUCAGUAAUCAGUCUAGAGAAUAAAACGGGCGUCGGUUUGAAAGGCAACAAAUGGCCUUCCAAUUUGCCAGAAAAGAAGGGUUCCCUACCCAAUAUGCCCCAAAUCACACCCCAGUUGGGGUGGAUAUACUAGAUGCUGGUUUAAUUGCUGCAUCAGUCAUCUUGGGGAUAUCGUUCUUUAUUUCAUUACCCACCAACAGGAAAGACCAGAAUUUAAGCCUUUUCACCAGGGUGUCUCUUAGUUUGCUGAUAGGAACAUUACUCUUGAUAAAUAACUAUGGACAAGAAUGGGAAGUGGCCCAUAUAGUGUCCAAGACCCCUUAUCGUGCUGGAACGGUGGAUGAAAUCAAUGCCUCCAUUUCUAUCAAAAUCGGCCUCAGAAGUGUUAAUGUUACUCUAAGAGCUCAACCGGACCCGAAAAGCAGCCUGAAGUAUGAAAUAAUCAAUUACAACGAGAGAUUCGAAUGGACUUGGGACCAAGGGAAUUUUGGAUUUGGUCCACAUGCUGGUCGAUUGCAACAAGAAUUUAGGGCAGCACAAUAUAGAGGUCUGCCUCUACCAAUUCUGUGGAUAAUUGACUAUUUUGUUAUUGAUGGAGAAGGUCAAAGAUAUGGUAGAUUUUACAGAACAGCUGGAUGGUACACUCAUAUUAUAAUGUGGGCUGCUUUUGCUUGCUGGUUAUUGACAAAUUUGCUCUUCAGAUCAGUUAUCCAUUAUGGGGCCUACAUUCUUGGACUAUGUGGGGCUUUACAACUUUUCGCGAAUUUAAUAUAUCUGGUUGUACGUAACCCAUUUCCACUUGUUAUACCCUUCGAAGAUCAAACAUUGGAAACAAAAUUUGGUUUCAAUUUCUGGUGCACAUUUGUCUUUGGUAUUAUUUGUAUUUCCUUAUCAGCAGUGAUGAUUUUUAUGGACUUUAAAUACGACCAAGAACUCUACAAAUUCUUUGGGAUCAAUCCUUUGAAUAGCUAUGAUGAACUGGUGUAUCUUACUAAGGAAGAAAGGCAACAGCUCAGACCGAAAAACCCACCAACCCGCGACAACGACAUCCCAUUGGUUGAUCUGGAAGCAUUUGAUAAAGACGAAGAUGAUGAAGAUGUUGACUAUGUCCCGGUUUAUCUGAAACGAAGAACAGUUGUGAAGGCUCCUAAAAUAUCCCGCACUAACAAGCCAUCUCUGCAUCUGAAGGCAUCAUCCGGGAGUCAAGGGUCAUCUAGGCACCAAGGACCUUUACCGCCACCUAUAUAGAGUAUAGAAAUGCUUUCAUUAUAGUAGACUAGGACCUACCAAACAGAAGACUAUUUAUGAUUAUUGAAUAUUUUGUUCGCGCUUCUAAACUGCCCCACAUUUGAAGUGAGA